ACAGCGGAGCGUCCGCCGCACUUCGUGCCAGACAGCCGCCGCCGCCCGCACCCACGUAUAAAAGGCGGGCAGGACGGCGGGCAUCCCCUGUCGGUUCACCGUCUGACACCACAUCCCUACUACCCUGCCGCUCCUUACCGCUUCCCCUCCCCCCUCCCCACAUUCCUUUACGACCAUGUUCACGAAGACCUUCGCCGCCCUCAUCGCCGCCGCCGUCGUCCUCGGGGCCCCCACCCCAGGCCCCGCGCCCGACCAGACGAACAUCCUCCAGUUCGCGCUCUCGCUCGAGCACCUCGAGAGCGCGUUCUACUCGGGCGCGCUCGCGCAGUACGACGCGCAGGCGUUCGCCGACGCGGGCUUCCCCGACUGGGUCCGCGGCCGCUACGAGCAGAUCAUGCUGCACGAGCAGACCCACGUUGCGACCCUCCAGAAGGCCCUCGGCGACCAGGCGCCCCAGCCCUGCCAGUACACCUUCCCAUACACGGAUCCGCGCUCGUUCGUCGCGACGUCGUUCGCCAUCGAGGGCGUCGGCGCCGCGGCGUACCUAGGUGCCGCCCAGUUCAUCGACGACAAGGCUACGCUCGGUGUGGCAGCGUCUAUCCUCACGAUUGAGGAACGCCAGGUUGCAUGGAUGUCGUCUGCCGUCCUCAAGCAGCAACCCUGGGAUGGACCCUUCGAGACGCCGCUCACGCCAACCGGUGCCUACUCUCUCGCCGCACAAUUCAUCACCUCCUGCCCGUCCUCGAACCCGCCGCUGCCCGUGACACUUCUCCCCGCGUUGAGCAUCUCCACCUCAACCCCGUGGCCAGGCUCGACGAUCCAGCUGACGUUCGACAACCCGAGCGGCGCCGAUGCGGGGUACCUGAUGUGGCUGAGUGGCCUCGAGGCGGUCUUCACGUCGAUCGACGGCAACAAGCAGGCGACGGUGCCAGACAACCUGCAGGGGACGGUGUACGUCGGCGUGGUGUCGAGCGAGCAGACGCCGGUGGACGACGCGAGCAUGGUGACGGGCUUGGCGAUCGUGCAGAUGCCGUUUGACUCGAUGGCGAGUGACGUGGAUAACGAGUAGUGCUAGAAGAUCAUUAGCUAGUACAUCCGGGCCAAUCGUAGUGACUUUCGGGCUCUUUCGCGGUUUGGAAAUGGAGGGUUUAAGCAUGCCUUGUUAGCUUGAGUGCGAGUAGGAGAUCUCGAGGCCGUGACGCUCGGCCAACGCGACCUGGG